AUGGGGCCGGGGAUAUGGAGGUGCAAGGCUGCAGAGGUUGGGAAACCGGGUGCGGCAAAAGCGGUAGCGGCGGUCUGUGAGGAGCACGCGAAGGCGGGGUCAAGCGAUUUCACAGCUCUCAUGAGGAAGGUGAACAUGGCGCUGAGGAAGUAUUCCACAGAGGAGCGUAAGCGGGACUCGAAGGGGAUACUGGAGGCUGCGUCUGAGUUUUACGCGAAGCUCUUCUCGGAACCUACCCCAUCGACGGAUAGCUCUCACCUGCCGAUUGCCCCUGACAAGCGGUUAGGGGAGGCGCAAGCUCAGUUGCUAGUGGCGGAAUGGUCCGAGGUGGAGGUUAAGGAAGCCCUGGACGGUAUGGCGAAAGGCAAGUCUCCUGGCGCCGAUGGAAUACCGAAGGAAUUUUUCGGUCACCACUGGGACUUGCUGGGGGGUGACUUGCUCGGCUUCGUUAAGCAGUUUGAGGAGUCGGCAACGCUUCCUCCUGCUGCUCUGGAGGCUGUAACCGUUUUGCUGCACAAGAAGGGCGCGAAGGACCGGGUGCAGAACUACCGGCCGAUCACGUUGCUCAACAGCACAUACAAGUUGGUGGCGCGGGUUCUGGCAAACAGUAUGCGAAAGGUGCUGCACAAAGUCAUUUCGGAAGAGCAGUACGGUUUCUUACCGGGGAGGAGGCUCGCCGAUGGUGUUUCGUUGAUUGCGGACAUCGUUGAAGCGGCGAAAUGCAAGGACGAGGACUGGUACCUGCUACUGGUUGACUUCCAGAAGGCUUUUGAUUCCGUCUCGCGCAAUUAUCUCUUCGGCACGAUGGAGAGGAUGGGUUUCCCGCGGAAAUUCGUGCAGUGGUGCGAAGGUCUUCAUGCGGGGUCGACGACAAGGUUGCUGCUCAAUGGCUGGCUGGGUGAACCGGUGGCAGUCAGGAAAGGGGUGCGGCAGGGCUGUCCGCUGGCGCCUUAUCUCUUCCUCUGCGCGGUGGAGCCUCUCUGCCAGGAAGCGUUAAAGAGGAAGUUGGGAAUCAGCAACCCGUACGGGGACCGUCUUGCGUACCUGAGGUAUGCUGAUGACACCACGCUAGUGCUCAAGGGGAAAAGGCAGAUUGGCCGGACGGUGAAGCUGCUGAGUGAAUUCGGAGAAAAGUCGGGUCUUCGGGUGAACAACGACAAGUCUGCGCUUCUGCCCCUUGGGAAGAACCUGCGCAAGAAACCAGACAAGUCGUCAGUCUUCAAAUGGGUGCGGUCGAAUGAAGCAGAGAGAGUCCUAGGGGUGUGGAUCUCACCUUCGGGAGACGCGUCGGUGACUUGGGAAAUCACCCUGCCUCCCCCUUCAGAAAUCUGGGCGAAGCUGGUGAAGCUGCUCCACAAUUUUGUCACCGGUAAUCACUCUACGGCAGGGAAGCACUUCGCGCUCUGGAGCCAGGAGCUACUGUUCAAAGCGAGAGGGGAUGGCGGUCUUGGAGUUCGCGACCUCUGUGCUGAGCUGGGGGGUCUGGCGGCUAGGAGGAUCGCGCUGCUGGCGUCGCAACCGCUGGGACUGCUUGCUGACCUUGCGCUUGCGGCUCUGGAUGUCCCUGACCUUCAGGUCUUCUGGGCCCACGCGGGGCUGAUAAAGCAAUGGGAAGGACGGUGUGAGAGGUGGAAGCGGACGUGUGAGCUGUUCCUAGAGUCUAGCUUCCCUUCGUGCAUCAACGUAUCAUCGGUGUGGGAUGUGGAACAGGAGAUGCUGCUUUUCAAUCGGCAGCUGCUUUUGAACGGGAAGACACCCGCGGGGCGGCAGAAGGCGGCUAAGUCUAUGAAGCGCUCAGUUAUGGGGGACCUGAUCAAGGUCGCGGCGGACGGCUCGAGAGCCCUGAAAGACACUCAGGAGCUUGAGAGAGAUUUCGGAGGACCGGAGGGUGUGAAGCUAGUGAAGAGGUUACUGGAUGCUGCCCCGGAUGAGUGGAAGCAGCUGCUUCUAACACCUGUCACGGCGCGCACGGUGCUAACGGUCUCUAAGUUCGUACUGAAGACGGGGACGAGCUAUGGGGUCUGGAGGAUUGAGAGCGUGGAAGGCGAAACCCUCGUUUGUCGGGCUGUCAAGUGUUUCCGGGGGGUCAUGGGGGAAGCAGAAGAGAGGUUGUGCAACUUCCUACCGCACGAGGUAGUACCUGCAGUGCCGGUGGUGCGGGCGCUUCUGAAGGCACUCCGCAUGCUGAACCCUCAUCGGAAAAUUGAGUCUCUGGGGGACAUGAUUUUCAAGAAGGAGGGCACAGCUUCGGGUUUCCCCGAGGCUACGAUCACAGCGAUUUCGUUCCACCGAAUCUGGGUUGAAAGGUGCGACGCGGUUUUUGAGCGCAGCAAAUUCCGGGCGAGGAGGGCACUGCGGAGGAUCGCGGCGUCAUUCCAACUGCAUGAAAAUAAUAUUUCUCUUACACUCUUCACCUGCGCUGCGAACAAGAUCCUAGUACACGAGGACAUCAGAAGCAGCACUGGCACGCCCACGGGGGGAGAGAUUCCGCCGGCCACGGGGAAGAACACCACCGCGCUCCCCCGCCAUCCGCGCCAUGGGGGGAACGGGACGGUAGCGGCGGGGAACCGGACAAAGGGCGGGCAUCCGAACAAGGGGCACCAUCGGGGGAACGGCACUGCGGCGGGGGGACCUUCGCCAAAGCCGACGAACGGAAACGCAAAGAAUGGGAAUGCGCCGAGUGGUCAGAAGAACGGUGGCGCGCAGCCGAACAAGAAUGGCGGCGGCGACGGCGGCGCACAGACGAACAAGAAUGGCGGCGGCGGCGGCGGCGCACAGACGAACAAGAAUGGCGGCGGCGGCGGCGCCAAUAAGCCCCGUCGACCGAAGCAAAUCGCUGAGGAGACCUGUAGCAGCAAGACAUCUUGGCCAGAGGUCGUUGGGAUGACUGGCGAAAAGGCUCGCGAUUACAUCCUCACAUCGAUGCCAGAGUGUAACUGGGACGUGCGAAUUAUUCCGAACAGAGGAUUCGCCACGAUGGAUUAUCGCACAAACCGCGUUCGUAUCUUCCUUGAUAAGGAGGGUAUAGUUCGCGUUCCUCCAAGAAUUGGCUAA